AUAGCCUAAAAUUUCUUAAGAAGGGCUUGCAAAGAAAUUGCAAAUUUAUUCGGAUUUCGUAGAAUGAUUUGAAGCAAUUAAAUUGUGUUUUCAAUAUAUUUGAAAGUAUAUUAUCGCCAUUCUCUGUAAUAUGGAGGCGGCAGCUCGCGUUAAAACCGAAGUCGAAUCCACUUACUCAAAUAUCAUAUACAAACAAUCCCCAACCGAAAAUGAAGAUAACGCGUGCACCCCGCUGCGUGAUGAAGGCGGCCAGUCGCCCCUCGGCCAGGAGGCAAUUAAUGCUAAUGGCGCCACCGGUUGGGAGAGCGAUGCUGAUGAUCAGGCAUCAGCGCCGCCGCCACCGUCAAUGUUCGUAAAGCGGAGCCCACAAAAUGAUUAUUGCCCGACGCCAUUAAGAGUAGUGACCACAUUUGAACCGGAGCCGGCAGAAACUCAGCGUGAAUCUGAAGAAAAUGGUAAUUCGGAUUUGCCGAUCGAUGACAAUGAAGAUUCAAAAGAGCUGAUUGUUGUGAAAAAGGAGGAGCGCAGAGAACUGCAAUUGGGCUUUCUUGAUAUCCUCUCGGAGACAGACUUUCAAGGCGUUGUAGAUGAAUCUUUUAGCCAUGUAGAUCAACUCGAUCAAAUGGAUCUUGAGCCGCCAAAUGCAAAUAACGAAGAGGAGCAGGCGCUACAAGACCGUAUCGAGGAGCGGCAAAGGGAGCUUGAACGCUUGGAGCGAACAGAAGAAGAGAAAGAGAAGAAGAGAAAAAAACAUAAGAAAGAGAAGAAGAACGAUAGCCAUAAGAAGCGACGUCGCAGUCGUAGUCGCAGUGGCAGUAAUAGCCCAAGUUCACACAAAAGCCGUAAGGAGCGACGAUUACAGGAGCCUGAUCGACCUAGUGGAUCAAGAAUGGGUUCCAAGUCCGUCAUAAAAACUGAGCCCGAUCAACUGGACUAUGUGCCAGUGCGACCCGAGGAGAAGAGCAUCAAAGUAAUCAACAUAAGCAAACUACAGCAAAAAGCACCAGAGGCACCACCAGCUCCGCUAACAGUUCAGGAAAAGCGUCGCCGGGGCGUGGAGCGGGCGAAGAAAGUGCUAGAGUUAAUGCAACUCAAGGCAUCCAAGGCACCGGAGACCGAGUUUCUGGUGGUCAACACCAUUCGGAAACUACCAAAACUAGGUGGGUAUAUGAGCAGUCAUACAUUCGAGAAUCCCUCGCCGUUGUGCAACAAUUUCAAUGUUAGAUAUAAGUUCAACUCGACAUCGGUAUCGAACAUCAAUUUGAAGAAGUGGGGCCUGGAGCCGUUGCCCAAUGCGACAAGGGAGCUGCUGCGUCUAACCGGAAUUAAUGUGACACGUUUGAUGGAGCUACAGCAGAACUCGAAGAUGACCAUUCAGCAGCUCAGAUUCUCGCAUCAGAAGGAGAACGGCAAUUGCAGCAAGACAGAGGAUGAAUCGCUAUCUACCGGUCUGUACAAGAGUGCAUCAACCCAGACGGAUCCUCGGAUGAUGAAUCUCGGGCGGAAUGUUGGUGUCCAGGCUGUUCCGCCAUCGCAUGAGGGCGUCUAUUGGCUAAAUUCUCGCUUCAAUGAUUCGGACCUAACGCAACAGCAAACGAACGUAUUGUUGGCACUGAAGGAGCUCACCGCCUCGCCUCCCAGCUCGUCCUUAUGGGCCGAUCGUAUAUUCCGGGAACUGCGCAACGCCUUGGCGAUCAAGCGCGUCGAGGCCCAACAAUUGAAACAAUGAUCAACUAAUUAUUGCCAAAGUAAUAACCACUUCAAAUGCAUUAUGGAACAACAAUUCCAAUUUAAAACUAAUUAAACAUAUGCUUGGAUAAACAGAUUUAAGUUUUCCAUCAUUUACUAUCAGUAAUAUACAUAUAAAGUGCAAAUACACGUAUCCAGACCAAAGAAACGUGAGGCCAAAUAAAAAAUCAAAUAA